AUGGCAAAGAAAACGACUCAAUGGAGAAAUCGACGUUUACGUUUGCAAGCCAUCAAAUUCGGUUAUAAACUUCUCGAGAAAAUGACCACAAUAUCAUCAACAAGCAAUAAUUCACGAGCAAAACACAAUCCACAACCAUCUUCACCUAUGACCGCUUUCAUCGAUGAAACAUCACUAGAGAGCAACACAUCGUCUGAACCUUCUAAACUGAAACGUAGUAUCUCACUGAUGGAUAUUGCCUGUGCACUUGUAUUGUUUAAACAGCGCCAUCGACUCUCAAUUACUUGUAUGAAUCACUUAUUAAAACUACUACCGUAUCUUCACCACAAAUCGAUGCCUACUAGCUGGUUCACAUUGAAAAAGCUUCUCCAAACUAAUACACUUACAUCACCGCCGAUUAUAAGGUUUGUUUGUCCAUCAUGCUCUGAAGAUUCUUCGAGUUCUACAAAUUGCUCUCAAUGUGGAAAAGGAAUAGAUCCUUCAUUAUCAAUACAAUCUUUUCGAAAUUUUCGUAUUAGUGAUCAGUUACAUCGUAUAAUUACAAACAAUUACAAGUAUAUGAAUCUAUGUAAUAAGUCUUCCGGUGAAUAUAUGAGAGAUAUAUGUGAUGGAGAAACGUAUCGAACACUCCAACAUACAUAUGGUGAUCUAUUUAUUUCGCUAACCCUUAACAUCGAUGGCAUACAACCAAAUAAAGGUUCACAAAAAACCAUUUGGCCAAUCUUAUUGAUAAUUAAUGAAUUGCCAUUGAAACGUCGUUUCUCACUUGAGAAUAUUAUUCUAGCGGGCAUUUGGCCCGGACCGAAAAAGCCGUCCAGAACACAUAUGCAUUUGUUUUUGAAACCUCUUAUUGGUGAACUUAUACGUUUAGAAAAAGGUGAUGAUUUCUUUUUACCGUCAGAUUCUUUAUCUUUAUCAAACCAACUAGUACAUAUUCGUAUCUACUUGAUUGCUGCGUGCUGCGAUAAACCAGCACAAGCUUUGAUUCAAAAUAUUCCAGAGCCAAUCGCUGCAUUCGGUUGUGGACGUUGUGAAAUCCCAGGUCGCAUGAUAAGCAUUGGAUCUUCGAAGGGUCAUGUACGUACGUUUGCAGCUGAAUUACAUAUUUUAAAUGACACAAAACAGCGGUGCAAUAUUCGCUACGAUACAUUACUGGCAUUGAAAGAAAUGCGAGACUCACGACGAGCUCUACUACCAGAAAGAAAAAGAAAGAAACAAGCAGAACGAGAUAAGCAAAAAGAUUAUGGAAUUUUAGGUCCAUGUGCAUUCAGAGGCUGUUCAAUGUUUGAUGUGGGUUGUUCGUUUAUGUCAGAUUCACUUCACAAUAUUUACAUUGGUGCAUUCAAACGAAUGCUGUCUCUUUGGUUGUCAAAAAAAUAUCAAAAUGAUCCGUGGAGUGUUCAUAGUCGUAUAAAAGAACUGGGUGAAUUAUUUAAAGGAGUUCGACUUCCAUCUACAACCACUCGAAUACCACGUUCGCUGAUCGACUAUUCUAAGUUCAAGGCUAAUGAACUACGCGUACUACUUCUGUUUGGCUACGCGAUUUUCUCUGAUAUCCUUCCAGGUAAAUACUACACACAUCUCCUUCAACUUGUAUGUCUUCUUCAUUUGGCUGAAAAUCGACGAAUUCCUUACCAUAAUAUCAAUGUAAUGCAAAAGUUGGGGGAAAGUUUUGUUGUUGAUUUCUCCCAAUUAUAUACUGAACGUCAUUGUGUUCAAGUUGUUCAUUCUGUUGUUCAUCUUGCUGCCACUGUGCGUGAUUUUGGCCCACUAACAAGUUAUACAACUUUCAAUUUCGAAAAUCAAUUAGGAUUGUUAACACGUACUUGCAAGAGUACGAGACGGCAUGCGCAAGAAAUUAUUUCAAAUUUGCAGUUAUUACAGUCUGCACAUGAACAUCUUAAUUCCCUCGACUGA